UAUAACAAAGUGGAACAAAGUUAUGGAAGAAAGAAUAUCGAGAAUGCAGAACAGACAGUUUCUGGAUCACGCGGAUUUCUUGGGGGUGGAAUAUUCAUCGCUCUACAUGUGCAAAUCCAAAAGGGGGAUGAAGAGAGAGGAAGGAAAGGACGCGUACAAGUUACCACACAGACUGAUCGAGAAAAAGAGGAGGGACCGAAUAAAUGAAUGUAUUGGGCAGCUGAAGGAUUUAUUACCCGAACAUCUCAAACUCACGACUCUGGGUCACUUGGAAAAAGCGGUGGUUCUGGAACUGACGCUGAAGCAUUUGAACGCUUUGACAGCUGUCACAGAGCAGCAGCACCAGAAGAUCAUCGCUUUGCAGAACGGGGAGCGAUCGCUGAAGUCUUCCCUCCAGGCUGACUUAGACGCUUUCCACUCAGGCUUUCAAGCAUGUGCCAAAGAAGUCCUGCAGUAUCUGAACAAGGUGGAGAACUGGACGGCGCGCGAGCAGAGGUGCACGCGACUCAUCAACCACCUACACAAAGUUUCUGCUCAGUUCCAGCCAGGCACAGGGAUCCUGCAGCAGCCAGUGGCAGGAGACGACGCUCCAGAGCGGGACACCCAGAGAGAUCCUCAAGCCAACUGCGUCCCUGUCAUCCAGAGGACUCAAAACCUCGAGCUUAAUGAGAACGACACUGACACAGACAGCGGGUAUGGAGGAGAGGCUGAGAAAGGCGAUGGAAAGAGCGAGAAAGGAUGCGACACAGCAAAAGGAGUUAAAAUCAAGCAGGAGUUUGGAGAUGAACGUGUCACUAAAAAAGCUAAAAUGAACUGGUCGGCGAAUGGUGGUUCAGAUUCCACAAGUACGCGACCAGAUGUGGCGCUUAUGAACUCUUUAAUGGGAAUGACCGGGGUUGGUGGACAACAAACUCCCUUUUGCAUGCCGUUUUACUUCAUAAACCCGUCUGCAGCAGCAUCAUACAUGCCUUUAUUUGACAAAAGUCAUUUGGAGAAGUUGGUGUAUCCAGCAGCAGCGGCGGCGGCAUUGACCACACCAUUUCCAUGGCUUUACCCUGGGAUCCCCACACACGCCUCUGCUGCAGCCGCAGCAGCCAUCGCUUUCCCCAACGCAUCCACCGAUAAAACCUCUGGAUUUGAUGCAGCGUCGUCAAAAGAUGACGAGCCGGAGUCUCCUGAUGAUGACCUGUCCAAUGAGGCCGACCUGGCCUCUCCUGCAUCUGAAGAUCACGGCUCAGAAAUUGAUACAAGUCAUCAGCCCCAAAGAAAUGACAAUGAUGGUACAUAAAGCUGAUGUUUCGACCUUUGAAUACACACUAGUUUGCUUGUAAAACCGCUAUUUAUCUGUUUCUCUUAAUUUAAUUGUCAUUAAGUAUUUACUAUAGUGUUUCUAUGGAUUUCCAAACGAAAAGCUGUUCUUUUGUUUGUUUUUUUGCAUUAUUAUUGGUAUUAUUAAAAACUCAAAACUUCACGUCAAAUUGGUUUACCUUUUUUUUUUAGGGGAG